UAAAAAGGGAUGUCUCAUUGUGUGUUGCUGGAAGAUUCUCUGACGACGUUGCUAGAGGGGGCGCUGUGAGUAAAGACAAUCCAACACCUGUGUCUCGACCAUCUGAUUCCUCUGUUGAUCCGUCUCUUUCUGCCACAACAGUUAUUAUAUGACAACUGGAAGCCUAAUCUAUUAUGGAUCAAUGGGAACCAAUAGAAAACGUUCUUGCAAAGCUGCUAAGCUAAGAAAGAGUUACAUGAUUAGCUAACAGUUUGCCUCACGCACGUGUAUUUUGGGGGGCAAAACACAGCAUCUCCUGUGAUUCGUUUUGUUGUUUGAACAGGGUAUAAGGACGUCAUUGUUGAAAUAACAUUCGUAGUGCAUUUAUGUAACUGUACACACAUUUUAAUGUUUACUCCCUACGUUUAGUAAAAGAAAUUCGAAUUGUGUAAUAGUAUAAUUUGACUUACCCAUUAAUAGUUACUAAAUAUAUAAAUCUGAAUCUUAGUCUAAAGCUUAAUCAAAACUAUCAAUUCAACAAACCUGAAAUAAAGCGAUGUAAAAUUAAAUACAACAUUUAAGCCAGCAGCGCCUGUGUGUGUGUUAACAUUUAUGCAAUUGCAUCCUCAUUGGGAAGUCAAACAUUAAUCAACAGCGGCCUCUACUGGGCAAUGCAGGUUAAUGCCCAGGGGUGUCCAGGACUCGUCAAAUCAGAGCCUGGAUUGUGUGUCAUAUGACCCAGCAGCCGCGUAAAGGAGGAAUUGAACGGCAACAACAAAAUAUGGAGGCGUCUCCGGUCAGCUUAUCACCGGAGAGGUACUGGACGGAGGAGAAAGAGAGAGUGCUCAUAACGUUUUUUUCCAAGCACAGUUGCCUGUGGAACCACAAGUCAGAAAGCUACAAGAACCGACAACUGCGAUGGAAAACACUGGAACACCUGAGACUCCUUCUGUCAGCUCAUCCCCCACCUGUCCAUUUCACAGUGGAAGAUAUUAAGAACAAGUUCAAGAACCUUCGCACCACCUUUCAGCGUCAGUACAAAAUGGUAAAGGCAAGCAAGGAGUGCAGGUCAGAGGAGGUUUUCGUGCCACAGUGGAAGCACUACCAACAGCUGAUGUUCCUGCAGGGCUGCUGGGACCUGGACGAUGGCCCCGAUGAGGCGCCUCUCUCGCCCCUGGUUUCGCAGGAGGAGAACCAGUCUGACCUCACCUCACCGGGGCCGAUCAUUUCCUUCCUUCCCGCCUUGUCCACCUCCUCCCUGUCCCUCUGUGUCCCCUGCAACAUGACAGUUAAAUGUUACUGGACUGAGGAGAGGGAGCGCGCACUGAUAGCUUUCUACUCUGAGCAUAAGUGUCUCUGGAACAGGAGGUCUGAAAACCACAACAACCGUCAGCUCAAACUGAGGCUGCUGGAAUCUCUGAGGAGCCAGCUGUCAGACCACUCAGUAUCUUUCUCAGUCGUAGACAUAAAGUGCAAGUUCAAGAAUCUUCGCACCGUUUUCAACCGUGAAUACAAGGCGGUGCAGGCUAGCAGGGCAACUGACAAACUCUACGUGUCCAAAUGGAAACACUACCAGCAGCUGCUUUUCCUCUGCGAGUCCUGCUAUGAAGAUGACAGCCAGGAUGACCUGCAGAUACUGAUGCCACAGGAAGACAAGGAUGUGGAUCUUGGAAACCAAACACCGUCCUCCACCUUGAGCAGCUUCUCCUCCAGCUCCACCCAAAACAGUAGCAUUAAGUUCAGCAACUCCUCCGCUGCCCCCAGCAACAUCAGAAGCAACACCAACACUGCAUAUCACGUCUUCCUCUCUGCGUCUCCAGAACAUCUUAAACAAGCUCCCACACUCCCAGUCUCUCCAUCCACUUCUUUACCAGACACCAAGUCUGGUAAACCCUCUUCUCUAAAUUUCAGUUCAGUUCAGCCGGACAGCAGACCGAGUACCGACUCCUGCUGCCACUGGAACGAGGCCAAAGUUCAGCAGCUCAUAUCGUUUUACUCUGAGAACAGCUGUCUGUGGAACCACAAGUCUGAGAGCUACAGGAACAGGCUAUUGAGACAGAGUCUGUUGGAGACGCUGAGCAGCCACCUGUCUGACAGCGAGCCAGUUCCGUUCACAGUGGAAGACAUCAAGACAAAGUUCAGGAACUUGCGAACCAUCUUCCAACGUGAACACAAAGCAGUCAGCUCAAACAAAACAUGUGGCUCGGAGGACUUUUACCUUCCAAAGUGGAAGCACUACCGCGAGCUGAUGUUCCUCUGUGACUCCUGCGAUGAGGACGAGCGACCUGAACUCCGGCACUUCCAGGAGCAGCAGCAGUCCGGCCUUCUCCAGCUGGAGUGCCAAGGCCCGCUCUCAACUUUACAUUAUCAUGGUGCUACCCAGACCGCUACCAAACUGAACCUCACGUCACGGAGCCUCGAAGCCCCUCCAUCACCUACACCCCCGGACUCCCAGCGCUCCUCCCCCUCCUCCUCCCCGUCCACGUCCUCCUCUCACACAAACGGUAGAGUGUCAAGACGCAAGCGAGCGAGCCGCCGCCUGCCGCCCACCAACGGCGAAGUGCUUGACUUCAUGAGGACAUUCUAUCAAAGCCAAACGGUGUCGCCGCACGCGGGCUUCCUGAAGUAUGUGGAGGAAUGUCUGAAUGAGACACCACCAGACAAAGUGAAGAAACUGAAGAAGAAAAUAAUUGAGACGAUCCACAGGGUAUCAGAAGAGGUUUAAUAUUUCACUGUUAGUUUGAGUCACUCUCACUGGGUUUUCUUUAUCUUGUUCCCUUUGCCUCCCAACAGCUCGGAUAACAUUACUCACUAGCAUUUCAUUCCAAGCUGGACCUUGUUACCUGAGGGUCUCUGUCUCCAAAGUCAAAAUCUCUGCAGUCCCACCCAGUGAAGAGUAAACGUAAGAAGUUUAGGUAAAAAGUAAAUGUAAAGCCUUCUACAUAUACAGCUGCUUUUGCUCUGUCAGCUGUAGAUUUACUGUGAAUAGAGCAAAUACACCAAACCUUUGAGCAGUGCUGCCUCUGCUGCGUAGCUUGGAUUCUCCACCUCACAGCUGCACACGGUCAGUUUUACCAAGUCGUCACAUUGCCAACAUAUGUUGCACUCAUAUGUUCCCUACUUUGUCUUACAAUCUUCUUUUAUAUGUAAUAUGAUUGAGAUGUAAGGGAUGACAGUGUAUUAGGGCAGUUAUUAGCUGACGGUAUGUAAGCGUUGUGUUUAUUUUAGUUUGCUGUCUGUCUCCCAUCAGUCAAAAACCCCUUCAUACAGCUCAAGUGAUUUUGCUUGAAGUGGGGUGGGGGGUAAUAUUUUGAGAAAAAAAAACAAAAAAACAAAUGUAAGAAAACAAGCUUCUCUGACAUUAUAUGCAUAACCGUAAAUUGAUGAGAUAAAAUAAGUUUUUUCCAGCUUUAGUCAUCAUUUUAGCCCACAAUCAAAAUUACAUAUUUAUCUUUGUAAAUUUGUUCCUUUAUUUCUGCGGUUUUUCUCAGAUAAUUACCCUCAUUGCUUGGCUCUGCAUUUGCCAAAGUUAGUACCUUAAUGAUAGCACCAAACAACAGCACGUUAAUAAGAUUAGAUAGAACUUUAUUUAUGCCGAAGGAAAUUCUUGUGCCAGAGUUUGCUUAAAAGAGCACAUUACAGUACACUACCUACAGGUUACAAGACAAAUUAAAUUGCAAAACAAAUUACUAAAACAGCAGUGUAUUUCACUGGUCGGGGCCACACACUGAUCCUAGUUAUUAAAGAAAAUGAUGGUAAAAAUAAUAAAAUGGUGGAAAUACAAAAUGCUAAAUAUAACGUAAUGUGUAUAAGGUCAGCAUCUCAGUCAUAUUAUGGACAUCCUUGCAUGAAACAAAGUGUUUGAUCCAUGGACAUUGUUUUCUGUUGGUGGCUGAGGUCAGGUGAUCACCUUGUGUCAGUCUGGGCCUUGUUGGACUGACUGACAUCUUUGUAUUGAUGGCUAAACCACAUCUGAGUUUUUACUUAAGGAGUCUUCCCAGAAAAACAAAACAUAUCACAUGAGGCUUGGAAAGACAGAGAAAAAUGUAAACUUCAGCUAUAUUCACUAGGCCCAAAGUACUUCAUCCCUUUCAUUUCAAAACGACGUACGCACCAAUUCAAAUCACAGUUUAUAUAAGUGUACUUUUGAGGGCAUUUGUGUAAUAUUUAGGUCUGCAUUUAGAGAAAAAACAGUAUGAUGGUAAUGGUAAUUGGGAUAAGCUGGUGGUACAUUAUUACGUUUACGUCAUUAAUUUAAUGCUCAGAUAUUACCCAGAAAUCUACAUUUGAGUGCUUUGUGUGUUCUGCAAUGAAUAUUUCUGUUCAGAGGCAUUUCAUCAAAUCACACAAGUCAUCUGUGUCUGUUCAGAAAAGCCAUAGGACUGAGUGUCUUUUUACUCCUGACUUCUGUCCGCCUCAGGAUGGGAAAUGACACUGCAAUGCCACAUACUAGAUAUUCUACCAGCCUUCACUGAAGGUAACAAACAUCUAGUUUUGUUGUGAAGUCAAGACUUCAUUUUGAUGCUUAGAGAUCAAUGUGGUUUUCAAACUUUAAAGAAUUCAGCCCUGAAAUAAUCUUUUCAUUUUGUUUUCUGAGAUCCUAAAAUUUAGCUACAUUUUUUUAUGUGUAAUGUACCUCUUUAAUUUAUUUUAACUUAAGCACUUACAUUGUCACCAAAACAACUUUGGAUAUGUUGAGUUGGAAGACCUGCACAAUCAGUAGGAACUGAUAAAACUGUAAUCCAACGUAAUAUUUAAUGUUUGUCUUCAUGAUUUAACAUCUAAUGGUGUUAUAAUAUAUAUAACAUACAUAAUAUAAUAGUUUAUUUUAAAUUUAAGUUUAAAAAUGUUACCUUUAGCUUAUCUUGAUAGUCAACUUUUUGUUUUGUUACAAUUUAGGUUUCUGUUCUUGUAUCAGCUGCUGUACAGCUGUGGAAAUAAAUUUAUGGGCUUGCAAAUAGUCAUCUUUCAAAAAAAUCUAUGCAUGUAAAGACUUUUAAGUGUUAAAAAAAAAAUUCAGUGCGUAUUCAGUGUUAAGCAUUUAGCUUUUGGUUGCAUCAAAUGUUUUGAAGCAAUAAUACUUAUUUUUAGCACCAGCUUUGAUUGACAGUGUUUUUAAACCUGUUUUUAGAAUUGCACAUUUAUAUAUGAACAAUUUAUAUCCUUCUUCAUUUGGUGUUUAAAUUGUGCCUUAUCAGAAUCACACUAACUGUAUUUCCUGAAAAUGUGGAGAAAUGUGUGUUUUUACCUUUGGACUUUAUAUUAAAUUCAGUGUAUGUGUAUAAAGAACCAGCACGAGGA